AUGUCGCCCACCAGGAUAAACAAGAAGGUCACCAUGACUGUCUUUUCGAACCCUCAGCAGCGAUGGUCUGCAAUUGUCUCGCGGAACCCCAACGCUGCGGGCGCUUUCGUCUACGCCGUCAAAACAACAGGGAUCUACUGCCGCCCCGACUGUAAAGCUCGAUUGGCACGGCGAGCAAAUAUCCUCUUCUUCGACAGCGGUCCACUUGCGAAAGAAGCAGGCUACCGGGCGUGUAAACGGUGCAAACCAGAAUUGCUUGCGGCCCAGCAGGAGGACCCUUUGUCCGGCAAGAUUCGGCGUGCCGUGUUUCUGGUGGAGGAGCAUGCUUCACGGGGUCAAAAGAUCAGUCUGGGGAAUCUCUCCCGCCAAGUCGGGCUCAGCAAAUGGCAUCUGCUCAGGGUCUUCCGUCGCAUCCAAGGCCUAUCUCCACAUGAGAUGUCGACGGCAAUUAUAAAUGCUAUUGAGAGCGAAAUUGAUGGAAGUCAAGCGCCCGAAUUGCUACAGGCAGGAAGCGACAAUGCUGCAAGGACGGACAGCAUCAGUUGUGACAAGUUAGAUCCACCUACAUGGUCCUCCUGGGACGUCCAAAAGCAUGAGGGUAUGAACUGGGACUGGGGAAGUCCAGAACAUGCAGAGGUAGAUGAUGUUCUGAGAGAUCUUUUCCCCGAGCUCUACGGCCAUGUCUUUUGCUGA